CCGUCACGAAACCCAGCCGCCGCCACGGACGUCUAUCCCCAUUACCCAAGCUGCGGAAGGCUACUGUUGCUCCGGCUGGCCGGCGAUGGAAGAUGCCGGGUUGAGUUCUUGCUGGACGCCGUCGACCGGUGAGUGAACCAUGCUCCUUGUAGAUCUGCCAAUUUCCGCCGCCCACCAUGGCCUUGACUUGCAGGUUUCCCCUCCGGGAAUAGUUGGCGGACAACUUGGAGCAUCCAGAUCAGGUUCCUCUGGUGGUACUCCCGUGGCGUGAUCACACCAGUUCUGAGCCAGGUGACUCCAAUGCUGGCUAUGGAUGCGGACAGCAUGUUGGCGGCGCUAGCACGGGCAGGCCGCAGGGCGACGGUAGACGGCGGCGGCAGGCUUCGACGACACCCAUGACAGGUGAGAUCUGAGGGGGAACCGAAGGUGCUGUGGCGUGCUGCUUUGAAGUUGGCCGGGCCAGUACUUUGACUGGCUAACUGGAUCGGAGACCAAGUAGCAGGCACUGCUGCUCUUCCUCAUCCUCCUCCUUCCACCUGUUGGACGCAUACCCUCUGUCCCGGACCCGUGUGCAAGAACAGAGCAGGAGCUGCUCCGUCCAUGGAAGGCCUCGAGUUCUUCUUCGAAAAGGCUGAUUCAAGACAAUAAUGCUUGUACUAUCCGGUUAAAUAUGUGAUUGGCGAGGCAUUGAACACCCUCCCCGUGGAGUCAUUAGGUUUUUAUUUACCUUUUGCUAGAUCCAGGGUAGCUGAUGGUUUGAAUCCUGCAUUUGUAGGUUGCCGAGGAGGGAUGAUGUUGGUAGCAUGUUAGCCAUUGGAGUUUUAGCCGAGUGGCAUCCUUGAGAAAGAUCUUGCUCGCCUGCUACCGAUUCCAAAUAUUCAGAGGAUGCUGGUGAAAGUGGUUCAGCUGGUCACAGGGGAUGGAAGCUACUCGGGAGGCACAACAGAGACAGAAAAACUGGAUGAUCUGUACUCUAGGGACACUGAGAUUGUGGCUGAUUCAGAUGUGCUGCAGCAUUCAGAAACUGUGCUGGAAGAGGGGGCGAGGAAGGAGUUCGCCCUAGAAAGUACAACGGUGGCUGCUGGAAGGAAAGGGCAAUCCGUGUUAAAAGAUAACAGGCGAUCAUCAUGUUGCGGCUGCACGGCGAUGAUAAGGCUGCUCCAGUCAGAUGACAAUGGGUGUUAUGUGGCCGAGCACACGACAGAUCACAAUCACCGAUUGACAAUUAUUUGAAUGGGCUUGGAAGCAAACUUGCGUGGAGCCUGGCUCUACUUAACUUGUUGUACACGAGACAGCAUAUGUGGUCGACCAUAAAAUUGCUCCCGGUGUACCUUGGGCUCCUAGUUUUUGUGUGCCAAAAAAAGUAAGCAAGCAGGUGACUCCUUAGGGUGAAGCGAUUGAGAGCUUUGGUGUGUGACCCUGGCAUCACUGUCAAGCUUGCGCGCUUCGGAUGUAAGUCUAUUCUUCUGAAAAAAAUUUGUUAUUCUUUA